CAUCGGGCUUAGCAUUCUGGAGCUAACACACUGGGAGCGCUGUGCGUGCGGAGGGAGGAAGGGAAGGCGUCCUGCACACGGGGAGGCACAGAGACAACGGCGACUUCGAACACCUCCAGCUAAUCCUCGAGCUAACCAUUAUCCCUCCAUGCUGCCCGGGGAGGGAAGAUAACGUUAAUAGCCCCGGCGCUGCCACCUCAAUUAGCGAGGCGGUGUGAGGCAGAUAAAGAGGAGGAGGAGGAGGAGGGGGGGACUGCGUUUUUUUUUUUUGGUUUAAAGCGUGAAGACGACCCUCUCUUCCCCGACGGAACCACAGGUUUCUCCCAGCACCGAGGAAAUCCACCCGCAGCCUCGCCUCGUCUUCAGCAUGAGGCUGCCGAGCCACCGACAAUGUGCGACGGAGGCGGACGGGAAGAAGAUGGACCAGCCGCCGCCGUUCAGGAACCCAUUUGUGCACGUCUUGAAAUUCAGCCCCCUGGAGAAGGCGAAGAUUGCAUUGAUGACAGUCACACUAUUCCCCAUCCGUCUCCUCAUAGCUGCAUUCAUGAUGCUGCUGGCUUGGCCUUUUGCCUUCCUGGGCUCAGUUGGGCGCUCAGAGACAGUCGUUGAACCCCAGUGCCUCUGGAGGAGACUGGUGGACAUAAUUCUGAAGAUCAUCAUGCGGGUCAUGUGGUUUGCGGGAGGUUUCCAUUGGAUUACUGUAAAAGGGCAAAAGGCGUUGCCAGCAGAGGCGCCCAUCCUCACUCUGGCACCCCACUCAUCUUACUUUGAUGCCAUCCCAGUCACCAUGACGAUGGCCUCGAUUGUCAUGAAGGCAGAGAGCAAGGAUAUACCUGUCUGGGGCACUUUGAUCAAGUUCAUCAGGCCAGUGUUUGUGUCACGGUCCGACCAGGACUCCAGAAAGAAGACAGUGGAGGAGAUCAAACGCAGAGCUCACUCAGGAGGGGAAUGGCCUCAGAUAAUGAUCUUUCCAGAGGGCACAUGCACCAAUAGAUCCUGUUUAAUCACCUUUAAGCCAGGGGCUUUCAUCCCAGCUGUACCAGUGCAGCCUGUGGUGAUUCGUUACCCUAAUAAACUGGACACAAUCACAUGGACAUGGCAAGGACCUGCAGCGUUUGAAAUUCUGUGGCUGACCCUCUGCCAGCUGCACAACGAGUUUGUGAUUGAGUUCCUUCCCAUCUACACACCCUCAGAGGAGGAAAAGAAGAACCCUGCUCUGUUUGCUAUCAAUGUGAGACGCAUCAUGGCAAAAGCCCUAGGUGUACCCAUCACAGACUAUUCAUUCGAAGACUGCCAGCUGGCCAUGGCAGAGGGCCAGCUCAGACUGCCAGUCGACACCUGUCUGCUGGAGUUUGCCAAGCUCGUCAGGAGACUGGGGCUUAAACCACGGAACAUCGAGAAAGUUCUGGAGGAGUAUGGGAACAGAGCCAGGAAGCUGGAGGGGCAGAAGCUGGACUUGGACGACUUUGCGCAGUUCCUCGACGUGCCAGUUUCCGACAUGCUGCAAGACAUGUUUGCUCUUUUUGAUGAGCAUGAAGAUAACUGCAUGGAUAUCAGAGAGUAUGUGGUAGCCCUAUCUGUCGUAUGCAGACCUGCCAAAACUCUGGAAACGAUGAAAUUAGCCUUCAAGAUGUUUGAGGCAGAGGAGGACGGUGCGAUCACAGAGAUGGAGUUGGCAGUUGUACUGAAGACCGCUUUAGGAGUGACUCACCUCAGCGUGUCGCGUCUAUUUGGGGCCAUCGACUCUGAAGACACAGGAAAGAUUACAUUUGACAAGUUCAGAUGCUUCUUGGAGCAGCACCCAGACUUUGCUGAGGAGUACCUGCACACAGAAAACCCAGGACUUUACAGCGGCCCCUGCCACGGUCACCAAAUAAAGACCAGCUUGUCUUCCCUUAGCCUGCGAGGCACUGCCCCCACCAAAACUUCUAACGGUAUCUGCCCCGAUUUUACCCACAACGACACAAUAGACGGACUCCUCAAGAAACACAACUGAGAAGGUUUAAAUUGUAGUGGGAGAAAACGUACUCCUCUCCUGGUGAGAGGAUGUUAAUAAGGGGCAAAGAGUUGCUGGUUAGAUGUUGUUAACUUGUUUGAACAGUAAGGGACUACAUUUCAGUAACCAUGACGACACAAAUGAAGAAGGUUACCUUACCCUUUUUUAUUAAUACUGUAUCCAUGAAGUUUUUCUGAGGUUGUUUUCUGCCUGGCAACAGUUUAUUUUGUUAUAAAUUCCUUUUUUUCCUUUUCUUUUUUUUUUCAUAGCAAGAAUUGUCAAAAUGCCAAACACUUGUUGUUUCAGAUGAAAUGAUUGAAUACUUGAAGGGCAAGCACUUCCUGGGACAAAUGUAAUUUUUUCUCUUCUCCCUCCAACAUAGUACUGACUGUGCAUCUUUUUAACAAGAGGGAGGCAAGAAAAAGAAUCGAGCCCCAGAGAGUGAAGUGACUUUAAGUGAAAUCAGUGUUCGAUUCUCAUUUUAUUUGUAACUUUUGACGGUUUCUUUUCUGUCAUGGUAGCUGCCUUUUGGGGGUGCAGAAUGCAUGGGCUCAUGUUAUUUUGAGCAGUAUUGAGGAUUAUUAAUCUGACGGUGGGAGGCCCGAGGAUACCAGUGACCAUUGUUUGACCACUACAAGCGUUCAGCUUUAGUUGUCACAUUUGAGGUGAACUCAGGUCUCUAAGAAUUGAUGGUCAUAAUUCCUAUGAGCCUGAUACAUAUAUAUAUAUAUAUGUAUAAACAUAUAUAUACAUAUAAUUAAAUAUUUGAUUUAGCUCAGGGUUCAGUGACAAAAAUGAAAAUUUAAACUUGUAUGAUGUCAUCAUUUUUGAUGCUCACUGAGUUACGUGCAUGUUUUUUGUUCUUAUGACAUCAGUUCUCCUCUGCCCGGUCAUUCCUCAUCCACAUAAACAUCCCUGAUGUUUUCUGUCAGGGCGGCAGAUUCAAGUGUCUUUUUAUUUUUUUAAAUAACACAAUGUGGACCAAAAAUGUAUUUGGUGAUUUGACGUCACCUGUAAAUGUCCUUUUCUUUGAGUCAGUGGUGUAAUGGCUUUUAAAGGAAAAGAUUCACAACGUGUGACCAUUGAAAGCACAUUCUGUUGGCCGGUUAGGUUUGGUUUUCCAAAGGCGAAGGUCAUAGCUUUUCCCUUUUCUGCAUUACACUGUUUUAACUUCAAGUAAGUCCUCCAAUCUUCACAGCAUAUGAUUCCUCAGUCUGUCUGAAAUCUCCAAUGUUCCAGCAUAUUGUCACUAAACAUUGGCCCCUUCGUGUAAAUUUACCAUAUUUCAGAUGUGCAUGUUCUUCACUAACUGACGCUUGUUUUGAAAGUGAAACAAGCACUGUUGCCGUUUAAUCACAUUGUAGGGACCAGUCUGGAAAUAUCCACCUGUGCUAAUAUUUAAGCCUUAUUCUUCAGAUUUUUUUUUUUAAUGUUGGUGUUAUUGGCAUGAAACAUUUGUCACAAAUAUAAUUUAAUGACUUUAAUAACUUCUCACUAAACCUUACAUACAUACUCUGGCUAUAAAAUGUAUUUAUAAUUAUAAAACUGGUGGUCCUAUGACUGGUUGAAAUAAAAUGAAGGAAUAUUUAAGAUAACCAAUUUAUUUUUGAAUUAGGCAAAAAGUAGAACUGUUUAUUAGUAGCUUAUAGUCUUUAAAUUAUUGAUUUUAAAUUAAAGUAACUGGGAACUUAUACUGGGAAGAAGCAAUUCUCCCGGUACAUUUUUACAUUGUCCAGUACUCGUCGUUCUUUUUGUCAGAUUUUAAUACAAGAAACCUAAUCUGAAAUUACAAUCAAGUGACAAAGUGUUUUACAGUGAUGCUUAUUCCAAUCAUCCCAGAGUUUAAUAAUCGGCUGUUUUUUUGGCUUAUUGUCUCUGGAAACAAACAAAAUAUCCUAAAACUAUAGGAAAACACACACAAUGAAAUGUAGAUGACGCUGCAAUUUAUUUAGAAAAGUACGUAUCGUGCUUUAUAUCAUGUUUUAUAGGAAAAUGGUUUGUUAAAGGGAUUACUGCUCCUGAGUAAGUUAAAAUAGGUUUGCAAUCAGUUUUAGUUGUGAUCUAUGAAAUGUUGCUCACUGACAUUGAAUGAAUUUCAGUUUUCCUUUUUUAAAUCAAUGACGUUGUCAGUGAGCAACAUGUUCCCCUCACACUCAUGACCAUGUGCGCUGUACACGUUUCCCUGUUAUGGCUUUUAGUGAAGCAAUAUUUCACAUCCCUUAAGCCUUCUCCAGACGUUUGAUUUUGAAGAGUUCUGGUAUGUAUUUUGAAUAUUCCAAAUGCAGGACAUUUUGUGAAUUUUUGAUAUACGUAUAUGAAUGAUUUUUAUUUUCACUGCCAUGACAGAGAUCUGUGAUCUUCUCUCCUCUGCAGAUUGUAUUGAUGGUGAAAAUUGAGCCACGUGUUAUCAUUUUUUCCUUUGUAUAAUACUGCAGUUGUUUUGUGCUGUAUUCCUCCUACACAGUGUAACGUUUUAUCGUUGUUAUAUUAUUACAAUUAUCGCUGAGUUGACUGCUUAAAAACAAAAUGCAGAUUUCAUAUGGAAACCGAUAGCCUUGAAUCUAUAGAAUUUUUAUGCUAAAAAAACAGAAUGUAUAGACAAUCCUGUCACAAUCAGAAGCUACUCGAAGCGCUGAUCUCCAGUGGACAAAUUUUCCUAACACAGUUCUCAAUUGUACAUUUUCUUUUUAUCCUGUCUCAAUUCGCUUUUGUUUGUUACUUUUAAGGCGUGAAGGUUGAACUAAGCAAAGUGUGAGUGUGUUCAGCGUGUCAGGCCUUGAGGUAACGUCUGCCGCCACAUGACGGGCCACACAGCACAAACACUCGAAACUGUACGCACUCCAGAACUAACAUUUGAUAUGUUCACAAUCCUUUAGUUCCACUUUGUCCUUUUAUCUCUCUGUAUUUGUGCUUGCACUUUAGAUUUUUUAGAUUUUUUUUUUUUUUAAAGCAAACUCACAUUGCUUAAAAGCAUAGGUUAAAGUAUCGUAGCUCACCCCUCUUAUAGUUCUGGAUUCUUAUAUUUGCAAUGGGAGCAUAGAGAAAAUUAGGACCCCAAAUAAAGAGAAGCUGCCCUAUCUUCCACAUUUUAUUUGACUGUAUAUAAGAGUUGAGUUACUUUAAAACACCUUCUAGACCGACUGCUUUGUUUCAGGAUUGUGGAAAGUCUGUAGUUUGAAAAUUACCUCUUAUACAUACAGAGCUCAAUAUCGUACCUAUUUGAAGGACUACAAAUAAUUUGCACCUUGGAAUGGAUUAAGUAUUUAAUGUACUCCAGAGUGAUGUGAUUUUUACAACAGGAUGUUAAAUGUACAAGUCACCAUGUAUGGGGAAAUCCCGCGUUUUUUGUACAUAGGUAGGGGAAUUCUGAUUGUGAUUAAUGACACAUGAUACAAAGACAUGAAUCGAUAUUUUAAUCCUGAAAUGUACUGAGCCACAGUAAACCCCCCUCAUGCAGUUUUGUAAUUUAUUUUUAUUUAAAAACAGAAAACUCCAUUUAAAGGUUGAUGUCACACGUCAUGGGCAAGUCAAAUAUACAUUUAUAUAUUAAAUAUUUUCAAAUAAUUCUGCACUAGGGUUAUAUGAAAAUACUGGGUCCAUUUCAGUUCACACUUGUUUUACUUCCCCUUAUUUCAAAUACCUCACUAGAGGAGAAUCUCAGUUUUCUACUUGCUGAGGAAAAUGUAAACCUGCGAGAGAUAAACCUGUAUUUAUGCUACUGCUGCCUGCGCACCACAGUUUGUCCCGCAGUGAGCCUAAGACGAAAGACUUGUGUACUCUGACCGAGCGAUGGUGUCUUUCUGAUGGCUCUCCGUGUGAGGACCGAGAAACUGAACUCAUCUUUUCUCUGUAGCUUUACUUCCUGUCUUUUUCUAUACUCUACAGGUUUUAUUUUAUUAAUGCAUUUUGAUGAUGAAGAGUCAUUACUGCAAGCUACUUUGAAUUUGUCUGUUCAGGACUGCUAUGAUAUAACUUGUAAAUGUGACUCUUGGAUUGAAUUAAAAAAAGAAAACUUAACGCACAA